UGUGACAUCACACCAGUAUAGAACUACAUAAAAGAUGUUGACUGUCAUCUGUCUGACAGAGGAGAGAGCAGAGGAAUCAGAUCUACACUGUAGUGCAUGUAUUUUGUCUGACCUGCAUGAUGCGUCCUGUAAUGAUGAUGUCAAGGGGCCUGCUGUUGUUCCUGUGCAUACUAUCAGCUUUUGCCACGACCACGGCAGCUGCUCCAAUGACAACAAUAUCUGCUCCCAUGACAACGACACAGGAUCUUAUGACAACCUCCAGCUCUGUGCAGUUUUGGUGUGGGGGCACACCUUGCCCAGCAGGCCAGGACUGUAUCAAUGUCAACGGUUUACUUCGCUGUGCUGACCCCUGUGAGCAGUACUCAGUCCUGGACGAUGCCUGGCGCUCAACAGGCUAUGGCCGCGCUGAUAACUGUGAUAAUAGGUUUAGUGGGCAAGGAUGGUAUCGUAUGUUCCUGGAUGGGAACAGCACCCAGAUGCCAGAGACGUGUGUGGAGGUAAACAGGUGUGGGACCCAGACUCCUAUGUGGCUCAAUUCCUCUCACCCCCUGCUGGGAGACGGGGUGGUGGAAGGUGAUGUCUGUGGACACUACAGAUACUACGACUACAAGAUUAACGGGCAGGAAAGUACUUCACAUGAUGACUGCUGCUACUACAGACACAAUAUCCAUGUCAAAUCCUGUCCCACCAACUACUACGUCUACAAGUUUGUCCGACCAAAUAAUUGUAACUCAGCUUAUUGUGCAGCUGUUCCCACAACAACUCCAGCUGUUCCCACGACAACUCCAGCUGUUCCCAUGACACCCUCCAGCUCUGUGAGGUUUUGGUGUGGGGCCACACCUUGCCCAGCAGGCCAGGACUGUCUCAGUGUCAACGGAGCUCUUCGCUGUGCUGACCCUUGUGAGCAGUACUCAGUUCUGGACGAUGCCUGGCGCUCAACGGACCUCAGAAACUAUGGUAACCUGCACUGUGACCAGUAUAUCAAUUGGCAGGGAUGGUCUCGCUUGUUCCUGGGGGGGAACAGUACCCAGAUGCCAGAGACGUGUGUGGAAGAGAACAUGUGUGGGACCCACGCUGCUCUGUGGAUGACCACCCCUCACCCCCUGCUGAGAGACGGCGUGGUGGAACGGGGAACCUGUGGGAAAUGGUCCUGGGGCGCUGGCAACGGCAACUGCUGUACAUUUAGGUCCAACCCCAUCCAUGUCAAAGCCUGUCCUGGCAACUACUACGUCUACAAGUUUGUCAAAACAAGUUAUUGUUACUUGGCUUACUGUGCAGGUAUGUAA